AUGAAAAGCCGAAGGGAUGACAAGCUAAAAUUAGGAAUACGACAGCAACUAAUACAAAAACGUCCAAAAGCACCUGUGGCAACGACAACAAUUUUUCCAUCCACAUCAACAUCAACUUGUCAACCAGGUACUGAAAGCCAAGUUUUAUCACCAACAAAAACGGCAUUGCCACCAUUAGCUACUAAUAAGACUAUUUCCCGAUCACCAUCAUUAUCCGUUGAACGUUCUCGAUCUCCACUGCCAAAAAAACAACAGCAGCAACCGUUCGCGAAAACACCGAUCAAAAAACAUGCUCCUACAUUUUGUUUAGGUUCGACUCCAAUGGUGAACCGUCUUAGAGCUAAACUAAAUGAUCAUAAUGCUAUUGUUUCGCCAUCGUCCUGCACGUCAUCAUCUCAAUCGGUUGUUACUGCUACAAAAUCGAAGGACAAACAAACAGUAAGUGCCAAAAAACAUCAACAUUUGUCAGAAAAUGAAGAAAGUGUUAAUGUUUAUAAUCUUUUUUAUCAAUUUGCAGUGAUACUACGUCAACUGAUGCUAAACUUGCUAAGGGUACAAAUAGUGGUGUAA